AUGGAAGACGAAAACGAAUACGCCAACAUGAAAACCACAUUCAACAACAAACUGAACGAAAUCAUCAAAGCCAAAGGCGUCAACCACCAAAUAUUCAACCCGCUGUCUUACGCGACCAUGAUCUCAAAGGUGGAGCACGCGAAAGGACUAAAAUUCGGUAAGACCCCCGCUGAUUACGCCCGCUUGAAGAAAUAUGACAUUUUAGAAAUCGACGGCGUCAAAAGACUCGUUGUGCCGUUCUUUAGUAGCACCACCAGUAGUGGGAAUAAGACCAGCUCAGCGAUCCGUAUGUUUGUUCAUACAGACGAGAUUUUUGAUAUAUUGCACACGGCUCAUUUGAAGAGCGGGCACAAGAGCAGACAGGGCAUGACUCAAGAGGUAAGCCAGUUCAAAAAUAUUACGCGAGAAAUGAUAAUGAUCUACUUGGGUUUAUGUGAAGUUUGUCAAGAAAAAGUUGCAAAAUUUCACGAGAGAGAAAUCAAGAAGAGCUAUAUUGACUUUAUAAGUAUGUCUGCAGAUCAACAUGGAUACAAUCUUAUUCUUGUAUACUUGGACGUCAAAACCCAGUUCGUGCAGCUGCGUCCUUUGAAAAAUACGGAACUUCAAGAGGUGACUCAAUCUCUUUUGGAUAUUUUCACAAUAUUUGGCCCUCCUGAUUUGUUACAGGGGAAUGUAAGUAACGAAUUUGGGAGCAGUCUUGCAAAUGAAGUUUGUUUGUUUUGGUCUGAUUUUAAAUUCAAUUUUAUAAAGACAGAAGAUAGAGACCAGUUACUUGUGGAGUGUACUAUCAGAGUGACCGAGAUCCUCAAUGCUUGGGUGGAAGCGAAUAAGACCAUGGAAUGGUCGGAGGGGGUGAAAUAUGUCCAGUACAUGAAGAACAGGGAUUUUAACCCUACACUGAAUCGUUCAGCUGGUGAGGCUUUGUUAGGCCAUAAGUUUGGGAGAUCUGGUACUAGAAAAAGAAGUUUGGACCAGGCUCUUUCGGACAAAGAAGAAGAAUCAGAUGCGCAAGAAGCAAUGAAUUCUGGAAUUGACAAACAAGAUGUACCCAUCAAGCAAUACGCUCCGAAAAGAAUUAAGUUGGAACAGGUUGAUAAUUCUGAAGUGCCACACUUGAUAGUGCCAAAUAUCAAAACGAAUGAUGAAGACGAACCUGAAAACAUUUUGCCAUGA